UACGUUAGUUAGCACAGAGCUGACACAACAACAACAGCCCGUCGCGACUUGUUUUUGCUUGUCAACACUCACAUCGCAACUACCGACAACUUGAAAGCCUGUAAGAUGUUAAAUUAACCAGAUCGGUAUUUGUUGUUGUUGAUACUGUCUCUGUUUUUUGGCGUUACUGUCCGCUGGAGGCAGUAAAUCGGAGCUGUUAGCUUCCAGUGUGCUAGCUGACGGGGUAGCUAACACCUAGCAGGGGAAGAUGGGCUCCAUCCUGAGCCGCCGAAUCGCUGGUGUUGAGGAUAUCGAUAUCCAGGCCAACUCGGCUUAUCGAUUUCCACCUAAAUCUGGAAAUUAUUUUGCGAGCCACUUCUUCAUGGGAGGAGAGAAAUUUGACACACCACAUCCUGAAGGAUACCUUUUUGGAGAAAACAUGGACCUCAAUUUUCUUGGAAAUAGACCGGUGCAGUUUCCAUAUGUGACACCUGCACCCCACGAGCCAGUGAAAACCUUGAGGAGUCUGGUCAACAUUAGAAAGGAUUCUUUGCGUUUGGUCAGGUAUAAAGAUGACUCCGACACUCCGGUGGAGGAGGGUGGAAAACCAAAGGUCCAGUAUGGUGUGGAGUUCACCUUUGAUGCUGACGCGCGGGUGACCAUCACCCUCUACUGCCAAGCAUUUGAGGAAUUCUCCAAUGGGAUGGCAGUGUACAGCCCAAAGGAUCCAACGAUGGUUUCUGAGACUGUGCAUUACAAGAGGGGGGUGAGCCAACAGUUCUCCAUGCCAUCUUUCAAGAUAGAUUUCAGCGAGUGGAAAGAGGAAGAUUUUAACUUUGACCUGGACCGAGGAGUGUUUCCCAUGGUGAUCCAGGCUGUGGUUGAUGAGGGGGACGAUUGCCUUGGACAUGCUCACGUACUUUUGGCGGCCUUUGAAAAACACGUUGAUGGCAGUUUCUCCGUCAAGCCACUGAAGCAGAAACAAAUUGUGGACCGUGUGAGCUACCUCUUACAGGAGAUCUACGGGAUUGAGAACAAGAACAACCAAGAAACCAAGCCAUCAGAUGAUGAGAACAGUGAUAACAGCAACGAGUGUGUUGUCUGUUUGUCGGACCUGCGAGACACACUCAUCCUACCCUGCAGACAUCUGUGUCUCUGCAACUCCUGCGCCGACACCUUGCGUUACCAGGCCAACAACUGCCCAAUCUGCAGGCUGCCCUUCAGAGCCUUGCUGCAGAUCAGAGCCGUGAGAAAAAAGCCUGGAGCUCUUUCUCCUGUGUCCUUCAGUCCUGUUCUGGCUCAGACUAUGGACCAUGAUGAGCACUCAAGCACAGACUCGGUUCCUCCCGGCUUUGAACCCAUCUCACUGUUAGAGGCUCUGAACGGCAUGCGGUCAGUGUCUCCUUCCAUCCCCUCCGCCCCGUUGUACGAUGAAAUCAACUUUUCAGGCGGCAUCGGAGGCGACAGCAGACAGCUGAGCUCCCCGGAGCAUUUAAGUGACAGCAGUCUGCAGAAAGGCAAAGUCAGCAAGUCACCUGACAGCACCCUUAGGUCUCCAUCCUCUCCCAUCCAGGAGGAGGAUGAGGAGAAGCUGUCAGAGAUGUCGGAUGCUCAGCCGCACACAAUGCUGUCCAGCAGCCCCGCUCCCACCGACGCUACAGCAGCCGAGGACGUGGCAGAGUCUCUGCCUCCAGACGAUGAGGACAGGAUGCAUACUGGUGGAGACAUCUUACAGGACUGCAGCAGUGAGCACAGCAGCUUGACCAAAACAGAGAGCGACCCGCCGGGUGACCUUUCUCUGCCAGGUUCAUCAGAGUCAACGGAAAGCCUGAAAAGUCAGAGCACAAACUGCUCCAGCCAACCUCUCCUUUGUCCCACGAGCAGCCUUCACAUAGAAGAUGAACACCUCAACCCUUGACUCUGGUCCAGCCUCUCAUCCGUCAGAACAGAUUUAUGCUUUACUAAAAAAAAAAUAAAAAAAAAUAAAAAAUCAUCCGGCCCCUGCGCUCUCCCCACUUUCUACCUUCCAGCCCCAGUCUUCUACUCCUGUGAUCAGAGCCGCCGAUGGCCCUGAAAGGAAGUUCACGAGGACAAGGGGAGGUUUCUGUUUAUUUCAUCAACGUCUUUGACAUUAGAAAAGAAAUUUGACGACUGCAAAGAUGGUUUCGGUACCUUACUUUAUGAAUGAUGUUUUCACACGCACAAAAAAAAGUGUUUGUCGGCUCUGAAAACAUUUCAUUAACUGUCAAAUGGUGACGUCAUUUGUGUGUCUUGGCCAGAUGUGUGGUCUAGUAAUGUGGAUUCCAGAGAUAUUUCACAACCUGUCAUGGUUGAGCUUUUAAAAGCACACGUACUUUGAAUUAACUCUAUAUUGACAGAAUUCAGAAUACUUUAUAAAUACGGUUUGUGUUUAAAUAUUGUAUUACAGUGAAAUACAUUAAUGACAUGACAUAAUUUUUUUGCCCAAUCAGGUUAAUAUGGGUUAUAAGCAGCAAUUUAUAUUACUGAUGUAUCUGUGUGUCCAUUUGAAGUGAUUUUUUUUUCACUCUGACCAAAUCAUUUACAAUCCAUUCCUUUUAACUUUACAAUGAGAUUACUUUAAGUCAUCUGCAAUCUUAAACAUCUACAUGUCUGACUGUAUUUUUUUCUUGUCUUAUCUGUCGUUUUUUUAUUUGAAACGAUGUGAUAUCUAUGUAUCAUAACUGUACUAGAAUCCUGUGUAGUUACUUCCAAAAUGGUAUACUUGCAUAUUAUAUAUAUAUUAUAUAAAAAAAAAAAAGUAAUUCAGUUAACACGCACAUUAUGUAAGACUUUGAUAAUCGAUAAGAGCUACAGAUUCACAUCCUAACAGCUGAACUCAAAGAUAGCUAAAGCCUGCAACAAGCAUAGAUGCUCCGGCUACAUGUAUGCUGACUCCGUAUGGCACAGUGAGUGUGCUUGUCGUAGAUGUGGCAGAUCUCUGUACAGUCUUUGUGCUUAAGUGAUGUGGCUACAUAAAAAGGGGGUCAGGUGUUUGUCUGGCUGCAUUGCCUUACUUACUUACCGUGUUCCUGUAUGUGUAGUGCCAUGCAUAUAGAUCUAUGUGCCUUCAAUUAAUGUGGCUGCCUGCUUGUUGCAUUGGACAUUAGUGUUCUUAUAAAUGCUACAAUAUACGACAGUUUCCAGCCCGUAGACAGGAUUUUUGAUGCUGAUGUACAGAGCCUUUUUUUCUAUUGCACACUUCAUGCUACUCUAAAAGAAACUGUAUCUUGUUAUUGUUACUGAGCAAUAAUAAAUUGAGUUGUUCAUUUACUGUGUCAUAGCCAUAAAUCAAUUAUGCAUUCAAUCUUAGUAUUUAGGUUAAAGUGAACUCUAUUGAUAUAUGUUUCAUUGGAAAGAACAAAAACAAUGCAAUAGAUGCAACAUUUUAAUUAUCGGGCUAGCAUUUUGCAUGUGAAUUUGUAGAGGCUUAAACCUGUCACUGCUCUUAAGUAACGUGGUUAUUUUGUCUUUUCCCCCUCUCCCUCCUCUUCUGUGCCAUUUCAACUUGACACUGUGCCUUCCUGUUCCUGUUCUUUCUGACCACUAUUGACCUGGUAUCCAGGAUAACUCCACAGUAGGUGGUUUGUGGCUCUCUGUAAAAUCAAUACCUGUCUCUCCUCGUGUGUAUAGCAGCAUGUGUAUAACAAUAAAGAACAAACACUCAGUA